AUGUGCGCUGAGCCCAGCUGCACCAAGCGCCCUGCCUUCAACUACGAGGGCUAUUCCAAGGGCAUCUUUUGCAAGGCGCAUGCAGCGCCGAGCAUGGUGGACGUGGAGAGUGCGCGCUGCCAGGAGCCCGGCUGCACCAAGUAUCCUUCCUUCAACUAUGAGGGCCAGUCCAAGGGCAUCUUCUGCAAGGCGCAUGCGGCGCCCAGCAUGGUGGACGUGAAGAGCGUGCGCUGUCAGGAGCCCGGCUGCACCAAGUAUCCUUCCUUCAACUACGAGGGCCAGUCCAAGAGCAUCUUCUGCAAGGCGCAUGCAGCACCAAGCAUGGUGGACGUGAAGAGCGCGCGCUGCCGGGAGCCCGGCUGCACCAAGCAUCCUGGCUACAACUUCGAGGGCCAGACCAAGCGCAUCUUCUGUAAGGCCCAUGCAGCUCCUAGCAUGGUCGACGUGCAGAGUGUGCGCUGCCAGGAGCCCGGCUGCACCAAGCACCCUUCUUACAACUAUGUGGGGCAAUCCAAGCGUAUCUUCUGCAAGGCGCAUGCGGCGCCCAGCAUGGUGGUCGUGACGAAGGCGCGCUGCCAGGAGCCAGGCUGCACCCAAAUGCCCCUCUUCAACUACGAAGGCCAGUCCAAGGGCAUCUGCUGCAAGGCGCAUGCGGCGCCCAGCAUGGUGGUCGUGACGAGGGCGCGCUGCCGGAAGCCCGGCUGCACCAAAACGCCCCUCUUCAACCACGAGGGCCAGUCGAAGGGCAUCUUCUGCAAGGCGCAUGCAGCGCCCGGCAUGGUGGUCGUGAAGAGGGUGCGCUGCCGGGAGCCCGGCUGCACCAAGCACGCUGCCUUCAACCACAAGGGCAAGUCCAAGGGCAUCUUCUGCAAGGGGCAUGCAGCGCCCGGCAUGGUGGUUGUGUUCCGAGCGCGCUGCCAGGAGCAUGGCUGCACCAAGCGCCCAUCCUUCAACUUUGAGGGCCAGUCCAAGGGCAUCUAUUGCAAGGCGCAUGCAACGCCCAGCAUGGUGGACGUGGAGAGCGCACGCUGCCAGGAGCCUGGCUGCACCAAGCAGGCUUCCUUCAACUACGAGGGCCAAUCGAAGCGCAUCUUCUGCAAGGCGCAUGCAGCGCCCAGCAUGGUGAUUUUGUCAGGAGCGCGCUGCCAGGAGCCUGGCUGCACCAAGCACCCUGCCUUCAACUACGAGGGCCAGUCUCAGGGCAUCUAUUGCAAGGCGCAUGCAGCGCCCAGCAUGGUGGAUGUCAAGAGCGCACGCUGCCAGGAGCCUGGCUGCACCAAGCACGCUGCCUUCAACCAUGAGGGCCAGUCCAAGGGCAUCUUCUGUAAGGCGCAUGCAGCGCCCAGCAUGGUGGAUGUGCAGAGCGCGCGCUGUCAGGAGCCCGGCUGCACCAAGCGCCCUAACUUCAACUUUGAGGGCCAGUCCAAGGGCAUCUUCUGCAAGGCGCAUGCAGCGCCCAGCAUGGUGAACGUGAAGAGUGCGCGCUGCCAGAAGCCCGGCUGCAUCAAGCACCCUUCCUUCAACUUUGAGGGCCAGUCCAAGGGCAUCUAUUGCAAGGCGCAUGCAACAUCCAGCAUGGUGGACGUGAAGAGCGUGCGCUGCCAGGAGCCUGGCUGCACCAAGCACGCUGUCUUCAACUACGAGGGGCAGUCCAAGCGCUUCUUCUGCAAGGCACAUGCAAAGCCCAGCAUGGUGAACGUGCACAGUGCGCGCUGCCAGGAGCCUGGCUGCACCAAACGCCCUGCCUUCAACUACGAGGGCCAGUCGAAGGGCAUCUUUUGCAAGGCGCAUGCGGCGCCCAGCAUGGUGAACGUGAAGAAGGCGCGCUGA